GUACCACACAAAAGGGGUGUCGGGCAGUAAAACGAUAGAAUUUCUGCUAUUCCAGCGACAGUUUCCCUAGAAAAAAAGGAAAUGUACGGAAGGGUUUUGUUUUAUAUUUUAAUGUAAUAUACUUUACUUUUUCGUUUUAGUAGUUUAGCUACGUUGGCUCCCAUUCUUUUUGGACUCUUGCGGGCGCCUCAAAGCUCCACCCCCAAACCCGGAAGACAUUAGCAGAAAUUCUCCUCUCUUCCAAUCCUUGGACGCACACUGACCAGAGCGAACUUUAACAAAAACUAAAAGGGAAUCAAUUGUAGGUGUGCCUCAGAUAUAAAUUGUUUUGUAUGUAGUUUUCGUGUUUUACGCACUUUCCUACUGUCAAGGGUUUGGCUAAGGAAGCCACCCUUUGGGGUUGAAUAAACUAAAAGUGCUAUUUUAAAAAAGCACCGUGAAGUCUGUAGCGCAUCAAGUUAAUGUCUCUUAUUCCACCACUGGAGAUGUCUGAGGAAUGCAGUGAGGAGGUUCUACUGGAGUUACAACAACCAUGUGACUCCGAAACAUCCUGCACAAAGGCAGUAGAGACUGACCUCUCCAUGGAAGAUAUUGGAAACAUACAAACAGAAGUCUGUGAACUGAGAAAAAUGAUUGCACUGCUGGAGAGAAAGUUGAACCAGCAAACAGAAAAUCUUUCUAAACAGAAAGAUGUUUCCACUUUGUGUUCUGUCUGUAAAGCAGAACUAAACCACACAGAAACACAAGACACUGGUCACCAUGGUGGAGAGCAGCACACACCGCAGGACAUGGAGAAUGUAGCCAGUCUGUCUCCAGUGUGUAAAUCUGAACCAAACCCCACAGAGACUCUGGAACCAGACUGUAAUACUGGGUACCAAUACAUAAAGCAAGAGCAGCAGGAGGUACUCAGUCAGUCUCCAGUGUGUAAAACUGAGCCAAACCCUCUAGAGACACGAGAUACUGACUGUAACACUGGGCACCAAUGUUUAAAGCAGGAGCUGCAGGAGGUACCCAGUCUGUCUCUUGUGGAUAAAAUUGACCCAAACCCCACAGAGUCCCUGGGCUCUGUCUUUGAUGGUGGAGACCAGCACACACUGCAGACUCCAUUAAAUACAUGUUCAGUGAGACUGGUGGACAGCAGGAGUGGUGGACAUGGUAGUCAGAAGAAUUGUUUUAUUCGCUCAAAUUCAACAAUGGCAAUGGACGGGUGCCCUAUAUGCAGAAAAAACAUUUCAUCAGUAAGACAGCACCUUAGGAUUAGCCACGGUGUGGCAAAUAAAGAAGAAAAGGCCCUUCUUUUAAAGCUGGUGUCAGGGAGGGUGGAUGUCAGAGUGGGCAUCUGCCCCAUGCCAAGCUGCAAUCAGCAUACAACCCGGAUGGACCGGCACCUAAAAUCACACACGGAGCUUUCUAAAGAUAAGCAGAAGGAAGUCCUGGAUGAGCUCAAAAGAAAAUGCAUUAUUGCAAAGUUGGCUGAGCUUCGGGCAUCACAGCCGGCUGUUGCAAUGGUCUCCAUUUUGGACAUCGUGGAGGAAUUGUGGUGGGAAAAAUUAAAAGAUGUUGAAAUAGGCCCUGCAGCUGAAGAUGCCCCAUGCCCUGAGCCAUGCGAAAAUGCUGCAUGCCAAAGAAAAGUAAUAACAAUGAAAAAAUUAGAAAAGAAAUGUAAGGACAUGUCCGUGGAGCUCGACAGCCUCUCAACACCAGUCCACCUCCUCAGGCGACAAAACGGACUUCUGCGACGGCAGCUUCAAAAAAAGAAAUUAAUUAACAUCUAUGAUGUCCCAAGGAUUCGUCUGGACAAGGAGGAUGAGCCUGAUUCUGCAUCUUAUGCACAUUCAGUGUGCCAUGACAUCGCCACCACCAACAAAGUCUUUGGGCUAAAUUUGAAUAGUCAAGAGGCAGAACACAGAGACUUAUUUGAAAGUCUUGUAGAGGGGGUGCCAGAGGAAGAAUCAGUGGCUGAACAGUCAGGAAAAAGGAAGCAGAAAAGAAAAUCCACGCUGCAUCUUUUUCCAGAUGAGUUGAGGAGGAGGCAACAAGAAGAAAGCCCAAGGAAGGUUCCUCGUAUGCUGAUCCAAAAAUGUCACCCCUUAAAGUGUGAGCAAGUACCCAGUCAGUCUCCUUUGUGUAAAACUGAACCAACCCUGUAGAGUCACAAGAUACUGACUGUAACACUGGGCACCAAUACAUAAAACGAGCUGCAGAAGGUACCCGAUCUGUCUCUUGUGAAGACUUGUUGAGUGAGAUCGGUGGACUGCAGGAGUGGUAGACAUGAUGGUAGUCACAAGAAUUAUUUUGUCAAGUAAGUGUUUGUUUUUCUCCCCCUUUUUUCCUUUUUGCUCAUUUCACUCUUUCUUGCCAAUGCUUUUAAUUAUUUUUUUAAUAUUCACUACAUGGUGCCUGAAAAACAUCCAUAAAUAUUUAGAAUUAACUUUAAUAAUUGUUAUAGUUCCAUUUUACAUUCAUGACCUUUUAACUGAUGCUUUUAUCUAUGGUGACUUACAGUUAUGACUGAACACAACUUGAGCAAUUCAGGGUUAAGGGCCUUGCUUGGGAAUGCACCAGUGGUAACCUGAUCAUGGUGGGCCUUGAACUGGCAACCUUCUGAUUCAACAUUUCCUUUGAUCACAUAGAUUUCAUCUUUUGACUCACUUUUGCCACAAAUGUGCCUCAAAGUAACCUAUGCACUGAAGGGGUUUGUCUUGGGCAUAUGCAUAGAAUUUCCUUUUGGUUGGUUUCAGUUUGUUGGUCUAGGAACAUUGUGAUGCUUUUUUUUUUUUUCUCCCAUGAAUUUUCAUUCACUUCCAGUAUGUAGGACCAUUUUCAGUUUCUGCCCAUUCACUUUAAUCGUUUCUUUGCCCUCUGGAUCUAUAGAAUAGACAAAUUCCUCUGAGUCUGAUGAUGACUCGUUCAAUGCCCUUACUGGUUUCUCUUUUUUUACUUUUUUACUUUCAGUCGACUGCCUUUGUACAUCUUCCCUUGUGCAUUGUGGGGCGUGGUUGGUUGUUUUUUUUUUUUUUUUUGGGUGGGUGGGCAUACACACGCAUAAUGUCCACUUUUUCUUACAAAAAAGACAUUUAGCUGUUUUUGCUCCACAUUAAAUUGCUGUAUUUGUGGCAAGUCCACACCUAUGACUUGGUGUCGCCAUUACACUCUUCCUUUACAGAGUCGUAGACUCCGGUUCGCACUUUGUCUUGCAAGUUGGAUUUCAGUUUCUUGCACUUCUCAUGUAAUUCACAUAUAUCUUUGGUCUUACAAUUAUCGGGCAGCAAUUUUGAUUUCAUCUGAGCUGACUGGAAGAUUUUAGCAAUUGAAAGCCCUGUCUAAUGUUAGUCCCUCUUCUUGAAAAAAUCUGUCACAUAGUCUUUUGUGCAUACACUUUUCCACAAGCUGGUCCCUCAACACGUCCAAUUCAAGCGUUCCAACACAUGAUUUAGCUAACUUAGCGCGUUUACAUAAGCAUCGUCUGGCGGUUGCAUUCUCUGUGAAUUUCUCUUUCCAACACCACGUUCUUUGGAGGUGUAAAAUAUGCCUUUAGUACGGACACUGUUUACGCAUAAGUACCUUUCUCUCCCGGUAGGUUCGAAAAAAAUCCUCAACAGGUGCGACAAUACAGUGCAAUACUGUAGCUCUUUGUCCUACAUCCCGAGCAUGUACUGUUCCACUGGCUA